AUGAACUCAAUACAGUCACCGCUGUCUCCUCAACAACAACAACAUCUGCACCUGCAGCAACUACCACCAACACAGCCACAUUUACCAGGAAUAAAUUCAUUACCACCAAUAUCUGCCCACCACUACUCGUCUCAUCGUCCUUUUGGUAGUUCCCUGCAACUGCCACCACAAUCACAGCAUUACCCUCAAUCACAACGAUCACAAAUAAAUGCUACACUUCCUCCUCCACCAAUAAUAUCCUCACAGCAACAUUAUCCUUUACCUUCGCUAAGAGCACCACCACCACUACUCACUAGCAACGUUAGCAACAAUAGCAACAACCACAACCAUCAUCACCUCCACCACAACUCUAGUCCCAACAGUUCCACCGCCAACGGCAGUGCUGGAGUAUUAUCGUCUUUCCCACAAUUGACACCAACAAUAACAAAUGCCACUCAUUCUACUAUAUCCACCAUAUCAACCAUUUCUUCUUCUUCGUCAACAGAAUCAGCUGCCCUGUCAUCAUCAAACAAUACCAAUGGCUCCAAACCUAAAAGUAAACGAUCAAGUAAAGGAAGAGUUUUUCAGUGCACUGGAUAUCCUGGUUGUAAUAUGUCAUUCACUCGUAGUGAGCAUUUAGCAAGACACAAGAGAAAACACACCGGUGAACGACCAUUUACGUGUCCGUAUUGUUCCAAGAAUUUCAGUAGAUUGGAUAAUUUACGUCAACAUAAACAAACAGUACAUGCUUAUGAGACAUAUUUAACCAAGGACAAGAGUGAUAGUAAAUUGUUGAUUGAACGAUCAAAAUUGAAAAAGAAGAUGAAGCAAAGUGAACAAAAAAAACAGCAACAGCAUCAGCAACAGCAACAGCAACAACACGAGAGUGCAAAUUUGCAACUGCUGCAACAACGACAACAGCAACCACAACAACUACAAUUGCAAUCACAAUAUACUUAUGGACAACCAUCACCUGUACCACCAUCACAAAAUCCAACAUCUUCUUUCACUCCAUCUCACUAUGGGAAUCAAGUAUACAUGCCAGGAAACUAUCCUACACAAGGACAACAUCAACAGCAGCAACCACUACAGGGACAGCCAUUUUCUAGUCACGUGCCUAUUCCAAGUGUAUAUAAUGGACAGUAUCUGGUACCUCUACAACAAUCACAAUCACAGCAUAAACCAUUACCUCCAUUGCCUCAUCAAGUGGAUCAACAGCAGCAACCACAGCUACAAACUACAUUACCUCAGAUAAAUAAAGACUCAUAUGAACAAGAGCAACAACAGCAGCAAUCACAGUGUACUCCUACCGCCGGUAACGCCAAUUCUUCAUCCGAUGAAUUAAAAAUACCGACUCAUACAUUUAAACCGAAAAAGAGACCACAGCCAUUAUCAUUACACCACUCAACUUAUGAAAGCGAUGAAGAUAUUGAUCUUGUCAAUGGUGGUGGAACCAUAAAACUGGCCCAAUUACCAGCUCCAAGAUCAGCCAUGAGUGAAGUUGACCCACUGUCUGGUCAAGGAGGCGGUGCAACCAGUAUCAGUGGAUUGAACAAUAUUGGUACUAGUUUCCCACCACCCCCGAAAUCAGCGUCAUCUGUUGCAUCGUCAACACCUCAUUUAGUGAGUCCGUUAUCGCCAAUGUUUCAUAUGUCAUUUGGAUCAAAUAGUAGGACGCCAUUGUCAAUGCAACAGCAACAGCAACAGCAACAGCAACAACAACAGCAACAACAACAGGGGUCAUUGUCGAUAUCUUAUCCAAGAUCAACUUCAUUGACUAAUAAUAGCAACGCGGUUAAUGGUAUGAUGAAGUCUCCUUUGUCACAACAAUUCCCCCUGACUUCAACACCAACAACCCAAACACAUGAUCUCAAUAAUAAUAAUAGUUUACCCUCAAUUAAAAAUUUGCCUAUACCAGGCAACUUCCAUUCGUCCAAUGGUGGUGGACCCAUGAAUGUGAACAAUGCAAGUGUUGGUGGUGGUGAAAGGAGAGACGUUAGAAAUGUCAAUGGACAUAGCAUAGGUAGUGUGGGGAGCUUAAUCCAUAAUGAAGAAGAGAGUACCACUAUAGCGUCUACGAGUAACAACAACGCUAAUGUUACUGCGAGCACUUCCAUGAACACAACAACUAGCGAAACUUUAGGCAAGAGUAAUUGGUUGAAAGGUGUCUUGAAUAACGAUGAAAAGAGACAAUGA